AUGUAAUAAAAAUUGUCUUAAGUUAACACAAAAACAAAUUGGGAUGAUAUUAGAAAAGAAUAGAUGAGAUAGAUAAUAGAGCAAGGUAUUUAGUUUAUGAAUCAUGUAAUGUGCAGGUUCAAAUAUGACAGAUGAUGAUGUUGUUUAUCUAAAGCAUUGUAUUAAGAAUUUUAGUGGACCAGCUGCAUACAUGUGGUUGGAAAGUAACCUCAAAGGAGAUCAAAUUAAUGAAGUUUAGAAUAUAUAAUUACGUUAGAUAAUAAGGUAUAUAAAAAUAGCGACAAGUAAUGAUGGAACAAAUCCAAUAUAUUUUGUUUAAGAAGGUAUAAGAAUACAUUAAAAUUAGGCGAAUUAACUUCAAAAACAAGAGUGUACAAAAAGGCAGAAGUGGUUUAGAAUGAAGAAGUUGAGUUUGGAUAAGGAGCUAUUGCCUUUUAGGUCGACAGAUAACUAUUCAACUCUUUUAAAAAUGUAUUAUUUAUUUGUACAAAAUUAAAAAGAGCACCGAAUUGUAGGAAUUAGAAUUAAAAUCACAAAAUUUAUAACGUUGCAUUCCAAUUAGAUCUUUUGACAUUUAAAAAAAAUAGACUCUGUUACCAUUAUUUAAGGAAACAAAAAAGAAAUUUGGUAGUAUAAUGACAGUUCCAGAAGGAGGAACAGCCAGCUUGUAUUUUUAGACAAAAGGGACAACCUUAAUAUUUACUUCUACAAAGAGUCGUAAUUUCAUUAUUGUUGGAUGCAUUCAAAAUACUGGAGUGUUCAAUGAAUAAAGACUAUUAUUUGAAUAGGGAUCAGAAUAUGGAAGUAUAUCUAUAUGCGAGUCAACUGUAUAAAUACAUCUAAAGUUAGCUUUAUUAAUUGUAAGCAGAAGAUGUAACUAAACUGCCAGACGAUUGCAUAUAAUCUUUAAGAGCAGGUUUUUUAGCUAAGAGAAUUAUCUAUAAAUCAAUAGUAGAUAAAUGUUAAUAGAUGAAAGAAGACGAUGAAUUUGUUGAAUUCUAGGAUAAAAUUUGUAAGAAGUAUUCAAUUGAAUACAGCAGUAUUUUAAAUGUUAUCUAAAAAAAUACAAAAAAUGGAAAGAUAGAAUCCACAGAUAAAUAGGAACAGAUUGAAAAAAAUAAAUAAAUGUUUGAAAAAACAAUUGGUGGAAAUAGAAUGAACAAUGUAUUAAGUUAAAUGAGUGACAAAGAAAGAACAUUAUGUUUAGGAACUCCAAGAAUUGUUAAUAAAUAAUCUACGUUCUUGGGGUUGACAUAGGAAUAAGAAACAUCCUUAUUUGCUUUAAGAUAACUUGGUAUUUAAUUGGUUUAUCUUAAGCCACUGAUCUAAGAAAAGGAAAUUCUAAUUCAAAUUAAAUUCAUCCAAUGUCCAAAGAAUCUGUCAAUAAAGCCAAAUAAGCUUUGCUUUAGGAAGAAAAAAUUAACAUGGGGGAAAUGUUGCAAAGAAAGACCAUUUCUACUAAAUUGCAGGAGGAUCCCUCUGUGCUUGGAAAAAUGAAGAAGGACAAUAAUGAAUUGUUGUCUUCAUAUCCUUAAGAAGAGGAGAGAGUUUUAAAAAUACAUUCUGAAGAUUCAAAUAAAGAAUCAAAGAGUGAAUCAGAGACAAAUAAUGAUUAAAGCGAAUUCAAAGGAAGACCCUUAGGAAGAUAAAGCUCCAUCAAAGGAUAAUAAACGGCACAAUAAAUUUAAAUUGAUAAAAAAAAUAAAUUGCUUUAAAGUUUAGUUUGA